AUGCCGAUGCCAUCCAGUAGAACUAUCACGAGUGUGGCACAACAAACGAUCGUUGCUGGCGCUGAGAGUGCUCGAAGGGGUAACGAGAAUCUGCGGUCCAAUCUGGUGGCGUUGACGCUUGUGCUUUCCUACGUCGUCGUGAGCAUCUUGGUCUUUCACUACACCGAGAAAUGGUCCGUUGUGGACUGCGUGUACUACGCGAUGGUCAUCGUAACUACAGUGGGCUACGGCGACGUGGUACCCAUUACAAAUGCCGGUAAGGCGAUUACAAUCUUCUUCUCGUUCUAUGGCAUUUGCACAAUCGCUGUGGCCCUCGGACAGUUGGCCUCCUGGUUUCUUCAGCGUCAAAAGCACGUCACGAAAAUGGCAACACAGAAGCUACUAAAGAACGUGGAGAAUGCAGCUGCAACUGCUACUGGGUCCGUGCAGGACAAAGAAGCGAAAAUCCGAAAAAUGGACAACCGAAAAACUCGCUGGAAACGCUUCCAGAAGAGCUUACCGGAGUGGGCCCGCAAGAUCUUUUCGGACAGUAACAAGGCCAUUUUCCACGCCUUCGUACCCAUUCUUAUCUCGAUUAUGGCGGGGCUCAUUGUGGGCGCUAUUGAAGGCUGGCCGGUACUGGAUUGCUUCUACUAUACGUUAAUCACGAUCACGACUGUAGGCUUUGGCGAUCUAUCGCCGAAAUCGGAAAGCGCUCGGAUUUUUGCUAUUUUUUACUUGCCUCUGGCUGUGGUGACAGUAGCGCAUGGCAUCGGCUCGAUCGUCAAUGAGCUUAGCGCGAGAUCGGUGAUGAAAACCAAGAUCAGUAUGAAGGAGCUGCUGGAUAUGGACACUGAUGGUGACGGCAAGGUGUCCCAGCUGGAGUAUUUGUGCUACAUGCUCGUGAAGCUAAACAAGGUCGAUCAGGACGAUAUCGGCGGUAUCAUCACUCAAUUUCACAAACUGGAUCGAGACGGCAGCGGUGAAUUGGAUCGCGAUGAUCUAGAGCGGCUCGAUCGUGAGCUUCAACGUCAGAAUGAGGAGGAGUCUAGCUGCUGA